AUGGCAGAGAAUCCUUGUGGAAGUUUAGAUCCUUCGAAUACUUAUAUUAUUCAGCAAUGUGUUGGCAGAGGUAAUUUUGGUGAUGUUUAUAAGGCGUGUGACAAAGUCGAAGGCAAAGUAGUUGCCGUUAAAGUGGUGAAUUUAGAACACUCUGAAGAGGAUAUCGACCUUUUAGCUCAAGAGAUUUUCUUCUUGGCAGAAUUGAGAUCUCCUUUUAUCACAAACUACAUUACUACUUUAACUGAAGAUGUUUCCAUGUGGAUUGUUAUGGAAUAUUGCGGCGGUGGAUCUUGCGCAGAUUUAAUCAAACAUAUUUAUAUCAAUGGUAUGCCAGAGAAGAAAGUUGCAUUUAUAACUUCACAAGUCCUCAGAGGGUUAGUCUAUUUACACGAACAAAAAAAGAUUCAUCGUGAUAUUAAAGCUGCUAACAUUCUUUUAACCGACGAAGGUACGGUUAAAUUAGGCGAUUUUGGUGUUUCCGGUCAAAUCAGAGCAACUUUGAAAAGAGGUACAUUCGUGGGAACACCAUAUUGGAUGGCACCAGAAGUCGUUAGUAAAGAAAAUGAUGGAUAUGAUGAAAAAGCCGAUAUCUGGUCAUUAGGUAUAACCGUUUAUGAAUUACUAAAAGGAGCACCGCCAUUAUCUAAAUGUGAUCCUAUGAAGGUUAUGAUUAAUCUACCCAAGAGGAAACCACCUGCAUUACAUGGUCAUUAUUCUCAUUCUGCAAAAAACUUCGUGUCUUCGUGCUUGGUGAAAAAUCCUGUGGGGAGAGCGUCUGCAUAUGAAAUGGUUGAACAUAAUUUUGUGAAUCAAUUAGCUGUUCCCAAUUUAAAAGAAGAUGUGGAGUAUUUAAAAAUUAAAAAAUCAAAUGAUAACUAUUCGCGCUCUCCCAAAUAUUCUUUAGAGAAUAGACUUUACGAUGGAUCUGCUCCUAACUUUACUUGGGAUUUUGAAACUAUAAGAUCGAUGAGGAAACCCAAUCUAGGGUCUGCUUUAUUGAGUACAGCUCAAUUGACACCUGAUCCUUCACCGAGUCCCUUAUCUUCUAAUAUGCAUAGCCCUUACCAACAAGUAGAAGGAAUAACCCCAAUUACACAUGCUACUACACCUUCAUUUAGACAAUAUAAUAAUAAGGAUAACAAUUACGACGUGGAAUCUCCAAUGGAAAUUGAUUUGGACUCCCCCAGUAUGGCAGAAGAAAUUAGGAGUAAAGGUUUAGACUAUCAUAAAAACGUAAUUUUCCAUUGCUUUAGAAGAAUGCACGAUCGUGCUCAUGAUGAUGAAACAAAAGUUUACGUAAAUGAGAUGUUGAAAAAUUUUGCAUAUACAGAGUCUAAGGUCGCUGGAUUCAGUGAAGUUUUCAUCGAAGAAGUUGCAUUGAGAUUAGAUUCUAUAAAAAAUUUUUUAGCCAAGUAG